CAUUGUUGCCCUGAUCCUUGAGCUUGGUCGCUUCGUCGGUCGGGGCACCCAUGAUGUAUCGAUGCGGUGCGGGACAAACUGGGGUAUGCGAGGCACGCGGGUGUGAUUGCAGAAGGCGCGACGGGUUGCUGCACCUGUUGAUUGACGGGAGAGGGAAGCUGCGUCCCUGCGCAAAAUACGAUGACCUAACAAACAAGUGACGUACGGCGAAAAGAGAGUGAACUGUUGCCCGCACUGCCCGCCAAAAGUUAUCAAGCAAUUCGGUCCCGCCCUCUCGCCUCGCCUUGCCACUAACGCCUCCGCCAGCGCUUCAACCAACCAGCGACCUCGGCUCGCAACUAGACAUCAUGGCGCGCAAAGGUGUCGCAACGGUCAAGACGCCUAACAGAGAAGAUAGGUACAUGACCAUCGAUUCUGACGGCGAGGAGGUCACUCCCGCUGCCAGUUCUCCGAGCGAUAGAACUGUUUCUCGAAAGAACAGCAGAGCAGAUGAGCAUCAGUACUUUGCGCAUGAGCUGGAGAAUGUCGAUCCCGCAGCCUCACGCGAGCCACUAAACCCCUCUAAAGUGGCCGAGUCAGGUCCAGAGCCAGAGCGCCGACAGCCUCGCCAAGCUUCCGGAACCGUAGAACAAAGUAGGACACUUGCGAACGCACUGUUUCCUGCCAGCUUCAACAACCCCGUCCUUCCUUCUGUCGAAGCGUCCGAGUCGCCCACGUCCAUAUCUGCCCACCAAACUCCGCAUCGGCAUCAAGAGCCCGUACAGCAGCCCCGUUCUCGACUUCAGAAAUCUGCUACGCCUUCGCGCGCUGCUGGUCGAGGUCGCGUCAACGCUUCUACAGACGCCAGUGUCUCCAGUCCCAUUCACCAUCUCGGUCUCACCCCCGAGAACCGCCACCAAACAGGUCAAAACUCGCAUCCCAGCCUUCCGUCCUACAUCGACAACCCCAACUACUUUGACAUGGCACAAGACAUGAUUCAGGGCGGCGCGUACAUCGCGCCUGGCCAGCAGCGCAACAUGCGCGCCUGCAUGGUCUGCUCCAUCGUCCGGACUCAGAACCAGUUCCUCACCCAAGGCUGCCCGAAUUGCGAAGAGAUUCUCGAACUCGCCGGCAACCCCGAGCAGAUCAACGAUUGCACAUCGCAAGUCUUUGAAGGCCUCAUUACGGUUGCUGACACCUCAAGGAGUUGGGUAGCUAGAUACCAGCGCCUUGAGGGCUACAAGCCAGGUGUCUACGCGACCCAGGUUGAAGGCAUUCUCCCAGACGACGUGAUUGGCCUGGUGGAGAGUGCAGGCAUCAACUACGUGCCUAGGGAUGGUAGCGAGCAGGAUAUGCUACCAAAGGACUAAAAGUGGAGAAGCGAAGAGGAGGACCAGACACACAUAUGACUGUGCAGAGGAAUACAAGGGAGAGGAAUACUUGCAUUGCAUAUUCAGCGCUGGAGUUAUGGUAAAAGUGCAUCCACGGGUGCCUCAACAAGACGAUACAACAGCUCGAAGAAUCGAUUUCAUUACACAUGGAGCUCACAACAUCGCCGGUACUCUUG